AUGCUCGCCUUGACCCGCGCCCGCCACUGCAUCUCGUGCCUCAUCCCGCCCCUGCGCUCCUCUCUCUCCCUCUCCACUCGCACCGACGCUGCACCUCCCGUGGCCACUCACCGCCAUCGUCACGUCAGAGCGCGGCUCGACUUCAAACAGCUCGUCACCAACGUCCACUCGGCCAUUCGCAACGGCGAGAACCGCGCCAGUGACGGCGAUCCCGCUCGCGUCGUCGCGCUUUACACGCGGGAGACGUCGCUCCGUCAGUCCGUGAACCACCUUCGGGCUCGACGCAAUGCACACGCCAAGGAGCUCGGCCAGCUCAAGUCCAAGCAGCAGCUGCAGCCACAAGAAGAGGACGCGACGAUGACGCAGUGGCGACUGCAGGGCCAAAAGCUCAACCGUGAGAUUGCAGACGUCGAGGAAGAGCUGACGCGCGUGUCGCACGCCUUGGAAGCUGAAGCACUCAAGCUGCCCAAUGACACGCACCCAGACGUGCCGAUUGGGUCCGAAGACAAGGCCCGAGUCGUGGCCAGUUAUGGCCAGAAGCCCAUGUUCACGUUCGAACCCAAGGACCACUACGACUUGGCUGUCCCGUUGGAGGUGCUGGACACGGAGACAGCUGCGCGGGUGGCAGGGUCCAAGUUCACGUACUUGUGCAAUGAAGGCGCGAUGAUGGAGAUUGCACUCGUGCACUGGACGUUGACCAAACUGCGUGCUCGGGGGUUCAAAGUCAUGCUGCCGCCGGACGUGGCGCACUAUCAACUGGUGGAAGGCUGCGGGUACCAGCCGCGUGGUGACGCGACGCAGAUUUACGCACUGGCGGACUCGGACUUGUGUCUCACGGGGACGUCCGAGAUUACGCUCGCAGCGAUGAAGAGCAACGAGGUGAUGGACUCGCGUACGUUGCCGCUCAAGUACGCGGGCUUCAGUCACUGCUUCCGGACGGAAAUUGGGCAUGGAGGUCGGCAGACGCGCGGCAUCUAUCGCAUCCACCAGUUCAGCAAAGUCGAGAUGUUUGGCUUCUGUGCCAACGAGACUCAAGCGCAGACGUUCUUUGACGAGAUGGUGGACAUCCAAGUGAGCAUGUACACUGAGUUGGGUCUCCACUUUGAGCUCCGAGACAUGGCUACUGAAGAUCUCGGGGCGCCAGCGUACCGCAAGUUUGACGUGCUGGCUUGGAUGCCUGGUCGUCAGGAGUACGGCGAGGUGUCCAGCAUAUCCAUGUGCACGGACUUUCAAGCCCGUCGUCUGAAUAUUCGCCACAAAGACUUGAAAGACAAGAAGGCCAAAACAGCCUUUGUGCACACGCUCAACGGCACUGCAUGUGCGGUCCCUCGCCUGCUCAUUAGUCUGUGGGAAACUUAUCAGCAGGAAGAUGGCUCCAUCGUCAUCCCAGAGGUGCUCAGGCCAUACAUGGGUGGUCAGGAGAUCAUUCGCUCGCCGGUGUAA